CCAAUCGCGUGCUGGUAGCUGUUCUGUGGUUCCCCAGAGCGUGUACAGGCCGCAAGGUCGAAGGGGCAGCGCAUCUCUCUGGUCGAUGCGCGUCGUUUCUCGUCUGCCGUCCUCAUCUCUCAGGGACUCCUCGGAGGAGCUACGACGCUCUCGCGAUGGCUGAACGCGCGGCCCAGAAGCAAGAAGAGUACGAUAAUAAAGAACAGCAUGAGUUCGCCUCGGCGGCCGAGCUGGGAGCCACCGUCCGCGAGACCCGAGUGGCCCAGGGAUCGGCGAAAGGGAAAGUGAUCGCUGUGUUCACUAGCGGCGGGGACUCGCAAGGCAUGAAUGCGGCCGUGCGUGCCGUAGUGCGCAUGGGUCUCUACCUGGGCGCCCGAGUGUUCUUCAUCCGGGAGGGCUACGAGGGCAUGGUCAAUGGUGGUGACUCCAUUGUCGAGGCCACCUGGGUCAGCGUCUCGGGCAUUAUCCACAAGGGUGGCACGGUGAUUGGCAGUGCCCGAUCCCAAGACUUUCGCGAGCGUCAGGGCCGCCUGAGGGCAGCCAAGAACUUGGUCCACUGCGGCAUCACAAACCUGGUGGUGAUUGGCGGCGACGGUUCCCUGACUGGGGCGAACCUCUUCCGCCAGGAGUGGCCGUCCCUGCUUGACGAGUUGGUCAGCAACGGCAGCAUCACCCACGAACAGAGGAACACUUGCAGUCACCUCAACAUUGUGGGCAUGCUUGGUUCCAUCGAUAAUGACUUCUGUGGCACUGACAUGACCAUUGGAACCGACUCUGCGCUUCAUCGCAUCAUGGAAGCUGUAGAUGCUAUCGCCACCACUGCAUCGAGUCAUCAGAGGACUUUCAUCCUUGAAGUCAUGGGAAGACACUGUGGGUAUCUGGCCAUUGUGGCAGCCUUGGCCAGUGAGGCUGACUACGUGUUCAUUCCCGAAUUACCGCCAGAAGUCGACUGGCCCAACACCCUUUGCGACAAACUGAUUAAGGAAAGAGAGCACGGCAAGAGACUGCACAUCAUCAUCCUGUCUGAAGGUGCACAGGAUAGAGAAGGGAAGCCGAUCACAGCCGAGAUGGUCAGAAAGGUAGUAGUCGAGAAGGUAAAGCAGGACACUCGCAUCACUGUCCUGGGCCAUGUUCAGAGAGGUGGGAGCCCAUCUGCUUUUGACCGUGUUUUGGGCUGCCGAAUGGGUGCAGAGGCUGUACUGGCCCUGUUCGAAGCGAAGCCCGACUCUGAGGCUUGUGUUGUGUCCCUGGAUGGCAAUCAAGCCGUGCGCGUGCCGCUCAUGCAGUGUGUCGAGAAGACAAAAGCGGUUGCCAAGUGCAUGGCCGACAAGGAGUGGCAGAAGGCAGUGCAGCUACGUGGAAAGAGCUUCGAGCGGAACGUGCAGACGUAUCGUAUGCUGACAAGCGUGAUGCCACCGAAGCUGGACAAGCCAUCCUCGGCCCCGAAAAAGGAUGGCUUCCGGAUGGCAGUGAUGCAUGUCGGCGCUCCGUGCUGCGGCAUGAAUGCGGCCGUACGGUCGUUCGUUCGAAACUGCCUGAACCGUGGAGAUGUUGUUUUCGGGAUCCAUGACGGCAUUGAAGGCCUCAUUGAUGGAAAUAUUCAUUCCAUUGCUUGGCAUGACGUCAGUGGCUGGGUUGGCCAAGGUGGUGCCUUUCUUGGAACAAAGCGGACACUUCCCGGUAAUAUGAUGGAACAAUGCGUGGCGAAGCUACGGGAGUUCAGGAUUCAGGCACUGCUCGUCAUUGGUGGCUUCGAAGGCUACCACACAGUGCUGCAGUUCGCUGAAGCCCGAGAGAAGUACCCCGAGUUGCGCAUCCCCAUGUGUGUGAUUCCUGCCACGAUCAGCAACAACGUCCCAGGCACUGAGUUCUCCCUGGGCGCUGACACUGCCCUGAACGAGAUCACUGAGGGUAGGAGUGCGAGUGAUGCGUGUUAUGAGCACGUCAAGAAAGUCAUGAAUCUGGCUGUCCUCAGUCCCUACCUACAGUCGGAAGUGCAUCAGCUAAAUGCACUGUUUUACCCUAUCAGGAAUGAAAAGGCCAAUGAAAACUACACCACAGACUUCAUCUAUCGACUGUACUGCGAGGAAGGAAAAGAUGUGUUUACUGCCAGGCAAAACAUUCUGGGUCACAUGCAGCAGGGUGGCACACCGUCGCCAUUUGAUCGCAACUUUGGCACCAAGACGGCCACGCGGGCCUUCGAGUGGAUGGUGCUGCAGCUGAAGGCUGCCGCGAAGCCGGAUGGCACUGUGCACGCCACCACUCCCGAGACGGCCUGCCUGCUCGGCCUCAUCCGGCGGCAGUACUUCUUCACGCCCGUGCAGGAUCUUAAGUCAAAGACCGACUGGAAACACCGCCUCCCGAAGAGCACAUGGUGGCCUGACCUACGGCCUAUGCUGAACAUGCUGGCUACUUCUGACCGCUACUUGCGCGAGAUGGCUGGAAAGCAUCCACUUCUUGUAGAGCAGUCCAUAUCAGAGGACAUUGAAGAAGUGGCCUACAGCAUCUAAAUUAUCUUUCCUCCGCGCUGUCCUGUCAAUGCCUCUUUCUCUGUUUGACACCAGUUUUUUUCUAUCGACCCCAACGUUUGGAAUGCGGCAGGGCGAGAGCUGCCAGUGCCCUAGGUGCUGUUGCUGUCUUGUGCAGCUACAUUUAGAGAUGCUGGUUGUUGUCUGGACUGUUCUUUGUUCAAGAUUUUGUGUCCAUCCAAGUAAGCCUGCGCUAGAACUAUGUUUGUCGUUCCUUUUUCGUCCUCUUAUUUCAUGUUGUUUUUUGUGUUGAAGACAGAACUAUCUGUUCUGAUACCAGAGCAGCGUAUUUUCAGUCUCUCGAUUUUUGAGAUGUCAUCUUCAUUGCGUGCCAGUUCGGCUGAGCGACUGAGCUGGACAUGUUUUACUCUGGACACGUUUUUGCGUUGCCUGCUUUCGCGUAUUCUCAUCAGUAGACACCUCUUGUUAUAGUGACGUUACGCUAAUUUAAAAGAUGCAGUUGGUAUCAAAGAGAGAUAUAAUAGGGGACCUGUGUGGUGCUGAAAGCAUCACCCAAAAGUGAUCCCUUGAAAAAGCAGCCAUAUAUAUAUAUACCCACUGCUGUUCUCUCUGUCACUAGCCAAAUGUACUAUAGCUGUAUACGCUGCUGUUCAGUGAUACCGCAUUGAUGAUGAUUGGGAUGCCUUUUACAUCCUGUGGACACGGAGCAAGAUCGUGACUGUGUUCCUGUUACUUGCAUUGUUUAUUUUCAUGUGCGUCCGGCACUUAUAGGAACUUGGCACAUGAAGUGUUGCUCAUUUUACCUGUGCAUUGAAAAAUCUUUUGAACAUUUGUUCCUUUAUUCUGUGUCUGCUUUUGUGUCUUUCUUUGAGACAUUUCAGACUGGCAGAUCAAUGAGGAGUUGUGAGUGUUGGUUGUCCUUGAAAGGUGUUGAUUAGAAGCAAAUGUGGCUGCUGCACCGCAUGUCAGGCUUUUAAAGCAUCUGUUGUUGCCUUAAUUAUUGUAGUAAUAUUUGCCUUCUGCAUUAGCUUUUUUCUGAUGUAUUCAUAUACAAGAUUAACGUUAAGUAUUAUAUCACAUUACAUCUAAGCCAUGUAAGAAUUUUUAUUGUAAGAUUAUUUUGUUUUUAAAACUGUAUUUAGCAUUUUGCCAAAAUAUUUAUGGUAGUUAUUAACCAAGGUACUAUAUAGAAAUUAUUGCUAACUUUUGAGGAACUUAGCAUUGAUUCUCUUGAUUUUUAACUUCAAUGCUCAGUUUAUAUUUCCAUACGCUGUGUUGUUUCCCGUCAUAUUACAGCUGCAUUGGACUGUGCUUAUCACAAUUUUUAACAAAAAGCUAUUAAGAUAUUCAGUCAGUUUUGGAGGCUAAUUAUAAAGCAGUGUUUGAUAUGAUCACUACUUCACAAGCUGUGCAAACAAAUUGGUUUGACACUUAGAAACAGAUUAGCCUUUUUCCUAAAGGUUACUUUCACACUGUCAUAUCAUUAUUUAGGAUCCUCUGAAAUUCAUAUGCACGUCAAUUUGAGAUAACAUAGUAGUUGUGUAUGGCUCUCCCAGAUGACAUGAGAACAGCAGUGUAUUUUUAUCUCGCUUGCCACUAGGCUGCAAACCCGACAUCUGUUGGCUUUAUUAGAUUGAGUCUGGCCUAUAGUCGUGCAAAAAGGCUUGCUUUGUUUUAGCCUUGUUUUAUCCUUCUGUUUUCUAUUUAUAAGUAAUAUUUAUAUAUCGGACUGAGGAAGACUGUUAAUGCAUUAGACAAAGCCGACGCAUUUCGUUUAUAGAGAACUAUAUCGUUAGCAUAUUGCUGUGUAAUUUGCACUGCUGAAAUUGAUGGCAUUAAGAAGCAUUUGGAAGUGCCAUCAAUGUUCAUCAUACUUGAGAAUACUUUCCAAAGAAAAAAUUAAAUCUCUCGUUAACGGGUAUUGUGUUCAGCUAGAUCAUUCUAGGUUAACAAACAGAAAAAAAAAACUUUUUUUAUGCAUGACCUUGCCUGCCUAUUAUUGGUAAGCAUUUUUGAUUUACGAAAUGCAUCAGGAAAUCUGCAUAAUGCUUUCAAUCAAGUCAAUACAGCAAGUUCCUCAUUAUACUUUAUAUACAAUAUUUGUUGUGAGCAUGCAUAUGUUUAGUACAUGUCACUACUUGCAACAUUUUAGACUUUUUGCGUUCAGUGACUUGCUAUAGUGUAUCAAGGUUCAAUUGUGCAAAGAAAAACGCGAUUACAGUAUGCCAAGAGACACAGCCUACGAGUAUUUUUCUUUUAAAGAAAAGGUGGAUCAUGUCCAUUCACUUUUCUUAAUUCGGAUGUGGGCUGCUAACACAAAUGACGCAUGAAAAAUGGGCUGAUAUUACUAUUUCGGUUUUGUUAGCAGUGAUGACCUCUCUUCUCUCUUUAAUAUUUUUUUGAAUUUUUCUAGUCACUGCCACCUCAUUUUUUCUUCGUUAUUAAAUUUUAAUUGAUGCUUUUAAGUCGUAGAAAGGAGUGUAACUGUGCCCCCGUCUCGCCCUGUGCCACUGUGUGCUGUGAUGUUUUCCUUUCUUUUUUUUUACCUACUACGAUGAGUUGUGAUGGCUUUUCUGUCGUUGCCCUGUACUGUUGUGCGUAGAGCUGCCUUCGAGUGGUGGCCGUAGUCUUUCACGUGUGUGUGAACAAACUUGUGUGCCUGUCAUAAGUAAUUGUUGUAAGUAAAUGCCGCCAACUCUGUAUGCACAGAACCUUGUAGAUGCCCAGGACGCGUGUUAGGUAUUUUCGAGCGGCGAUUUUGUUAAAAGAGCAGCUCAUUCCUAUUCCCUCAUUUAUAGGUCAUUUGGAAUAUUUUUCAAGUGCUGUAUACCCAUGACUUGCUCUUACUCAAGUAUAUGCUGUCAGGGUUUUACUGCUUAAUAUUAGUCUGUUAUAAGUUCCUGACGGCAGUUAUUUCUCACAUAUUUACUGUCGCUAGUGUGUUGUAAUGAGAAUAUGUGAUUAUGAAACUAGUAACCAGGCAGUGGUGUUUUGACCUGUUGUGGGAGUGAGUUUGAUUUAUCGCUGGCAGGUUCCUUCAACCUGGCAGCGUAUUUAUUUAUUUUGAGGUCAUUUGGCAUUUUUGCUAAUGGAGUUUUCUUGCAUGUCUCGAUUGUGUUGCAUUUUAAUGUUAAGCAGAUGAUUGUCUGUUUAGUUUUAGAUACUUUAAUUUUGAACAUGUGCAUGAUGCAAUGGCCAGGGCACUCUGCUGUGGAUAUAAGACAUUGGUUUCUACUCCCAGUAGUGGAGUUAUUCUAAUGAUAGUGACAUUGCAUGCACUAUAAUUCUUUACCACCCAUCCUCAAUAAUGGUCAAUAUUAUUGCCUCCACGGCGAGUUCCUCUGUUAGCUUAGGUCCACCUUUGGCAUUAAACUUUACAAACUAUGAACUGCGGGUGAAUUUGCAUGUGACACAAUCACGUUUUCAAGGUAAUAUAGAUGAAAAAUGUGUACCUCUGCUGUUAUUGUAUGCCACUGUGUAUUAGUACUUUGAGAAUAAAAUAAAAGGUCUUGAACACCACUC